AUGUUGUUGAAUGACUUGAAUGAACUCUUAAACAUGUGCGGUAAAAAAAUUAAAGACUAUGAUCUCCCAUCUUUACCCCAUAAUAUAGUAGACGAAGAUUCAAUUCCAAUUGUCAUACAAGAGGAGUUAGCAGUCGAUAUCCCUAAUGAAGAUAUUGAAUUUGUUGCUAAGUUAAAUAAUGACCAAGUGAUUGCGUUCAAAAUCGUUAUGAAUGUAAUUGAUCAAAAACACAGUGGGGUAUUUUUUUUUGAUGGUCCAGGUGGAAUGGGUAAAACAUUCCUUUAUCGAACAUUAAUGGAAAGUUUAAGAAGUAGAGGAGAGAUUGUCUUAGCAACUGCAUCAUCUGGUAUAGCUGCAACAUUGUUACCCGGUUGUAGGACUGCACCCUCUCGAUUUAAGAUACCUAUCGAUAUACAACUGAGUUCCAUUUGUGGUAUUCAAAAGUAA